CUCCACGCAAAUUAUACCUCCAGCACUGCCCAGGUGUCCUACUUAUCCACUACCACUACGAUCUCCCUCCAGCGCUGCCUUCAACUAAAGUACACACCGGGGUCGUGCGUGGUGGUGAGUGCUGCCCUGUCCUCUGGAGUCUGCCCUAACAAGCUGGAGCACGCACACCUGCAGGCCAGCGCAACAUCAACCCUGUCCAGAAACACCGUGAUGAUCUUCACCUAGAAAUAUCCAGGGCUGGGAAUGCUUGCGUCUCAAUAAAUUCCUGCAGCCACAUAGUGUGCUGCUGACUCGUCGUCCUCAUGUCGUCCAAAUACUCUUCUUAUCUACAAGCAGUCAAAGCCGUCGACAACUUCCCUCUGGAUCGCGAAGCAGCGGACGAGUACUAUGUACUCUACCUUCCCCACGAUACCCGACCACAUGGCUACAUGCUUCCCGCGACGGUAGCGGGCAUGCCCUUGACUGAUGACUUCUCGGUGCGACAUGAGAAGCCACGCAGUGUGACUGUUGUUGUUCCUUCUGACAGCAAAGACAUUGCUGCUGCUGUCAAUCAGGCAUUUCAAAAAUUGAUCGAUCAGUGUAUCAAACAAGGCGGAUUUCAUGUUCUCGGGGGUCGACACAGCGAGUACUUCAGUCUCCUUGGGGCCAACUAUCCCGUGCGUAUUGAACGUUUCGCAACCUCGCUUUUCGGCGUCACUUCGUGUGGUGCACAUCUCGUCUGCUACGUUCGCGCUGACGACGGCCUACGUGUGUGGAUCGCACGACGGGCUGCGCACCUUUAUAUCUCGGGAGGCAAGCUCGACACGACGGUCGCAGGUGGCGUCAAAGCUGGCGUCAGCCCGCUCCAGACCAUUGUCGAGGAGGCCCAAGAAGAGGCUUCGUUACCUGAAAGUCUGGUUCGCGAGCGCGUUUGUUCCCGGGAUGUCAUGACUAUCAUGAAUUGCACUGGUGACGAGUUUCCUGGUGAAAAGGGUCUGCUAUGCCCAGAUGUCGUGUAUUUAUAUGACAUGGAACUUCCGUCCGAUGUCGUACCCAAGCCACAGGAUGAGGAAGUGGAAAGCUUCUCCUUGAUGGCGGUGCAUGAAAUACACAAGGCUAUCUUGGCUGAUGAUUUCAAGCCGGACUCUGCUGCAGUAUUGGUAGCCUUCUUCAUCAGACAAUCGAUUGUCACUCCGGAGAAUGAGAAGGACUUUGUGGAGAUUGUACAACAUCUACAUCGUAGACUACCAUUUCCCAUCAAGCCAGAUAUCUGAGCACUGCUUUGGGUCCAAUUGAGUACUCCUCGACCUUGUUCACGCCAUGUUUCUCAACCGCUGGAUCAGGACUGUUGCGAGUCUUGACCUGUUGGAAAUCUGCCUGU